CGCUGUUCACUUUAAAAAUUGUAUACAAUGGCUGGUGUGUGUCGACAAACUUUAAGUUCACUGGAGCCACAGAUGCGAAAUUCUCUAGUGAUCGGCAUAAUUAUACACAACGAGGCCCCGAGGUCGAUCAACCUAAGAAAUUCAAGAUUUGGCACAGGACAAUCAAGUGUCUGGUCUUUUACAAUGCGCGACUCUGAAAUCGAUUUUAUUAAUGUUACCGUAUGGGGCAGUGCAAAUUACAUCAACAAAUUAUUUUCUACCUUUCAUCUGGGCAACGUCGUGGAAAUAAUUAAUCCAAAAGUUAUUGAACGACGACCUGACGACAGAAACGAACAGUUUGUCCCAUCUGUAUCAAAUCCCUAUACUUUAACUGUGAACGAAGGUGUGGCUCAUAUUCAGGCCCAUGAAAGUCCUAAAAUAAUAUUUUACAAGAAUCUAUUGAGAUUGCCAACUAAAAAUGUCGAGCGUGUUCAACGUCUUUGUAAUAUUAUUAAAAGUAUAGAAGAGCUGGAGGGACAGUAUGUGGAUAUAUUGGUUAUUGUAGUUUCCAUAAAGGAAACCCGCGACAUUAUCACUCGCGAUAAACGUCUGACUGCCUAUCGUGAUUUUGAAAUUUCUGAUGGAAGCAUUGAUAAGCCAAUCAAUUUACGACUUUGGAACAAAGAUUGGAUUAAGAGAUCAACGCAUUGGAUACCAACGAAUACCAUACUGUUCCUUGCCGAUCUUCGUAUUACCUACAAUCAAUUUAAAAAGAGGAUGGAACUUAAUACAGCCUGGAAAACCUUAAUAACUGAAAAUCCGAAUAUUCCUGAGUGUGUCCAAGUGCGAGAUGCUACUCGACGUAGACUGUACAACGUUUCCCAGGAAUUAAAUAUUAUUUCAAAUCUUGAUAAUAUCAAAAAUAUAAUGACUUUAAAGCAGAUAAAUGAAUUGAUUAGUCUAAAGAAAUUUACUGCUGGAACCAAAAUAACGACUAUUGUCUAUGCAGAAAUUAGAGAAAUGGAAUGGCAAUGCUCUGUGUGCAAAAAAGCCGUUGCGGAAGAUCAGAACUCUUGUAGCAAUCCUGAUUGUUGCGGGAUUGGCGGUGCGGAUAUUAGCUCUUUGAAUUCAGAUAGGUUUGACUUUAAAUUGAGUCUCAAAGAUGGGACUGGAUAUCUGAUAGGUUGCAGAUUGAGUGGAAUAGCUGCUGAACGUACUUUGAAUUGCAACGUUCAGGAAUUCAUGGCCAUGUCUCUAGCAGACCGGAUUGAAUUGAAAUGGAGAUAUUUAGUGGAGACAUGUAAGAUUUAUCUGCAGAUUGUAGGUCCAAGUUUGACUUCGAAUCAGCCUAUUUUUGAUAUUAUUGCUAUUCAGCGUGUUGCGAGUGACGAAUCCGAUCACUCAUCUAAUCAUUAAUCGUUCUAAAUUCUUUUACUACGUUUCCGUUAUCCCCUCGCGUAUCUAAUGUUUCCGUUAACGUCCUGGGGAACCGAUCGUAGCCGAAGAUUGCCGAGUAACUCGAAACUUACAUUCCCUCGUGGAGCCACCUGUUACUUUUAUUAUAAGCAGUUGAGUUAGGUUAGUUUAUGUAUAUGUCUUAUUAUCAGUAAAGAAAUUGU